GCCACAAAUCGAUGUGGCCGCCAGUGCGAUUCGUGGCAUGCACAUGACAAGCGCCAGGACGUGGCAAGCGAAUCGAUCAAUGCGCCAACAGGGGGAUACUGCAGUAGUCAUUGGCAGCAACAACAGCAUCAGCAGCAGCAGCGACUGCCAAAAAAACAAGCAACACCCCGAGCAGAUAAUACCAAAACAUUAUGGCCAAUGUGGACGAUAGCAACAGUAGUGGCGACAGUGGCGGCCAUGGAGAUGAGUUGCACUCACGUCGUGACUCGCUGCAGUUGCUCACGAAGUUGGACAAGGCGGUUUCCACCAACGAUAUACUGCUGGAUCUGCAGCGUGCGCUCACCUACGAUGCGGUCUUCAGCACGCUCGUCGAGCACAAGAUGCAGGCCCUCAAACGCGACUACGAGGAGCACAAGCGGGCCAAGCGCAAGAAGCGCAAAUCCAUUGGACGCAUUCUACUGCCGCGCAAGCUGUUUGGCGGUCGUCGGUCUAGCAAGGAUGAAUCCGAGCCGGAGGACGAGGAGCUGCCGAGUAAAAGUCUGCGUCAAGCGAACACUGCCCCCGAUAUCGAGGUGGCCUCCAGCUCGCGACAGGUGGUGCAGAGCACGGAGGAUAGCGUGGCCAGCACGUUGAGCAACUCGUCGGGUCGCCAGACAACGCUGCCCCGUCACAGUCACAGUCUCCUAGUGCAGGCACAGACACAUACGCCCGCACCAAUGCCAGCAGGACAGCGGGAUAGCAGCUCCGAGGAGGAGCAGGAUGGAGAUGGUGGUGGUGGUGGCGGUGGUGGCCGACCACCCGAGACGCGACAUUCCAUGAGCACAACGACCAACGGCGAUCAACCGGAUUACCUCACACCGGUCGCCUCCUGCUACGACAAUACCUCGCUGGCCACGGCGACCCCAACAGCAACUGCAACUGUGGUUGGUGGCAGCGCCCGUGGCGGCAAUCUGCACAGCUCCACCAUGGCAGAUGACAGUUUGACGACCUCGUUGCACGGCAGUCUCGAGAGCCUCUCCUACUCCAGUUCCCGCUGCACGGUCAGCUUUGGCGGCGCCGAAAUCAUUGCGAUGGCCCACGGCGAUGCGGACACACGCGAGCGCGUGCGUCUGGCCAAGCGACUGCGCAUCCUGGAGGCCAAGUCUAUCAGUGCCCAAUGCAGCCCCAUCUUUCCGCGCAGCGUGGUGCGUUCGAUGCUGUUGCCACAGCCGCAACAGGCGCGGAUACAUGUGAAUGUUCCCUCCAGCCUGGCCAGGCCGCAUCCGUCAGCUCAGCCGCCACAUGUGGCUCUGGAAAUUGAAUCGCUGCCCUUGCCACAGUUGCCGCCUCAGCAGCUGCAACAUGCUCUGCCAGAGACAAUGCUGUUGCCGCAGCGCAGGCGCCUCCUUCCCAAGCAACGUUCCUGCACAGAGAGCUACUCUGGCGGCUACUCGGGUGGCAGUGAUUUCGAUGGUGCGGCUGCCUAUGCGCGAUAUUUCUCGCGGCAGAACACGUCCGAGGAUAGCGCCAAUGUGACUGUUAGCACUGUGCUAGCCCAGAGUGACUCCCAAUCAUUACACGCCCUGCCCAGCUAUGCGAAUACGCCGACAGCCUCUGCCGGACGAGAGCCGAGACACCUCAAAUCGCGGAGCACCGGACUGCUGGCAAUACGCCGUCCGGUGACGCCAGAGGCGAUUAUUAUUCCUAUGGAGGAUGCCGAUGCGGAUGAGGAUGAGCGGCCGUUGCCGGCACAACUCGCUGAGAAGCUGCAUCGCAUGACCUCCACCUCGACGGGUUCUAGUGUGGCGCCCACUGGCUGCUGCACCACAGCCAAAUCGGCGGCGUCUCGCGCCAAGGAGAAACACUUUCAGAGCUUUAAGCCCACGCUGACCAUGUCAGUUGCGACGGCAGCGCAAAGCACAGGCAGUGACGAUGAGUAUCGACGCCGCAAGCGGAAGUAUAAACGCCAUCAUCGCUGCUCGGAUCCCGCACUGGUCUAUCCCACACCCAAUGGCCUCCAGCACUGCGUGCAUGUGCUCGGGCUGCCACCCGAUGUCCAGACCAUACAAUGCCCCUAUGCCGAGGACUCGCCCUGCGACCUGCAGCUGGACAUGGACACUGACGCCGAUAAAAUCGACGACCUUGAGCACAUGAUGCCUAGUGGCAUUGGUCACCAGCGACAUCGCAGAAAGCAUCGGCAUCGGCACAAAAAACGUCAUCGUCAUAAAAAACCCAAGAUACUUGUACAGGAUUUGGAUACAGAAGUUGUUAAGGUAAUCGAUCCACAUGAUCUCUCUCAGCGCGCACGCUGGACAAUUAUUGCAACUGCCUGCCUUCUGUUGCUGAUGUGCCUGAUGCUAAUUGGCGUAACACUGCGGAUGGCACCCAUUAUCGAUGAUAUGGUGCGUCAGGAGAACGAGCGCAGCAUGCGUGAGAAUUUGGAACGCACGCUGAUGAUGAAGAAUCUAACGGAACUCAAUCUGCAGCGCCAGCAACAGUUGCUGUAUCAGGCACAGCAGCAGCAGCACCAACAGCAAAAGCCAUUAAGAAAGUUGCAGCUGUUGGGCUACGACUAA